AUGGCGGUCGAAACGAAAGAUGCGACACGUUCAGAUUUGGACGACGGAAUGGAGAAUUCAGGUGAGCCUUGGAAACAAGAUAAUAGUUUGUUUCAUUUAAAAAAGAACUAUGGUGAGGAAAAUCUAGCAAUAAAUAACGAAACCAUUCGAUGAUCAGAUAAAAUCGAUGCAAAAUAACAGGUAGCUUCAAACUGAUCGAGCGACAGGAAGAAUUACUACACGUGCAUGGUUUACUUAAAGAACGAGGAAUACAGUGAAACCUCUAUUAAUUACAAGAUAUUUACAAAAGUGUACAUAGUAGGAAAAUAAAGUAGCUACAAAUAAUAAUUAACUAAAAGAUAUUAAGUUCAUUUGUGUACGGUGUCCAAAGUAGCAAGAGCUUUCUUGUUGGACACCGUCAUGUUGAAAUAAUUGGCAGCAGUAAAGAGUGGAAUAAAAAUUAUCUCAAAUAAUAUCAGUGAUAGAACAUAUACUAUUCAGCGAACACCUCUAUUAAGCAGACGCGGACACGUAAAAAACAGUAAUAAAAAGGGGGGUCACCGGUCUCAUUUCACUGCAAAACGAUAACAAAGGGACAAUUUCGGCUUCAAAUGAUUAUGUUGUGCAAGGAGCAGGGGAGAGUUUCAAGACAAACACCUUUUUAGCCGGGUACAAAAAAAAAGUACAAGGACUACAAAACGGGCCAUAAUUAGCUCUUUUUCGGCAACCAGUGAAAAUCGCCGCCACCUUUGAAUUCACAAUGUUAUGCGCAGUAGGUGAUGUGCAGUGCAAAACAAGGGAAUUACCUCAAGAUGAACCUAAAUCUCCUAUUUCAAGAUGUGUGCCAACAAACAUGUGAAUGUCAGAAGCAAAGAAGAAGACUGAUCGUGAUGUUUACUACUCUAGCUUUAAAGAAAUGAUACGUGACAUCUAUCUCCCAUUAUCAUUGCUGGAAGUCUUUCCACUAGAAAACUCAAGGCAUCUCUCAUGACUUUUUCCCAUUUCUCUCUACUUGUCACAGCUCUAGGUUAAGAAUGUCAAGACUUUUGCCUCUAGGGGGUUGGCAAGUCUGAGAUUCUACUGAAUAUUGGAAAUGAUUUACUCCAUAGGUGGGGAUGAAAGCACUAAUCAAGGCUGGGCAGAUGCUAUGGCAAGAAUUCUUGAAAAGGACCUUCCAGAGAAUAAGGUACAAUGAACAUUGUAUCAUGAAACGUUUGUUUUGAUAAAGUAAAAGUGUACUUAGCUUUCAAGCCAGUAGGAAGGUACUCUACUCAAAGUAAUAAUUAUAUUAGAUACAAAUGAGUCAAAAAGAAUGUAAAAGGAUUAAAAACCCCAACUGGAAUGAAUAAGAAAACAACAGAGUUUGGCUUUCGUAUGAUGUGAAGAAUUACAUGUAUGCAGAUCUCAGAGGAUGUUAUCUACCUUGGCCUUCAGCCUUAGUAGAUACAUGUAGUAUUCUCUUUGUUCUGCAUAAUUCUUCACAUUAUACUCAGCCUCAAUAAAUAAUAAUAAUUCAAUGUGGCAUGUAUUUUACUUUAUCGUAAUAUUGCAAUAUGGAUAUCUUGUUUAAAUAUCAAUAUUCAAAAGAAAAUAUCACAUACAGUGUAUUAAGAAUAUUAGGGUGUACUUAGAUGUCGGUACGUUACAGGUCAAAUUUGGUUUCAGGUUAAUUUUGAUUGUUUCCUUGCCCUAAUUCAUGAAUAAUUAGGGCUAGGAGACAAAAGGAAUUGAAAAUCAACCUAGGUUGAAUAAAAAAAUUUAACCUGAAGUCAAAUUUGACCUGUAACAUAUCCAUGUAUCAGUGCAGCCCUACCAUUAUGUGGCCCCUUAUGAAUAAGCUGUGUUAUUUAAACCUUCUUCAAUAUUUUGAGUGGUCAUUGUCAUGUUUUGCUCAAUUUGCUCUAUUUUCAAAUCUCUCUGUCUGAAUUAAGCAAAAUGUUUGGAUACAACUUAUUUAAACACGUUGGCCAUUGUGUUUAAAGGUAACUUAUUGAAGCCAGGCAUAAUUCAUCAUUUGACAAGCAAUUUAUUAUUUUAAUUUACAUUUUACAGUAAUCAAAGAAGAAUAUAUAAUUUAUUGUUACUUUUUUAUCCUAUAUUUUCUAGCCUCCUGUAUUACUGAAGUAUAAAAAAGUUGAAAAGCGCAGAGCAGAGAUAAAGGAGGAAAGAGCUUCAAAGAAGGUAGUUAAAGCGUCAUUGAAAAAUGAAGAUAUCUAAUAUUUCUAUGAUUGAUUUGAAAAUGAAAAUUUAUCACUAAAAAGAUGUCUUGGUGUUUCUGUUUUUUCAUAGUUGAAAAUAACUUUUUCUUUCAGUUGAAAAGCCAAGAACGUCAUGCCAUGCGUGAAAAAGAUCAUGUCAAACCAGAUGGUUCAACGUUGGAUUAUGAAAAAAAUUUGGUGAAAAUAGCAACUCGAGGAGGUAAUGAUGAGUAUCAAAGUAAAGUCCUCUUGUAAAAUUCCACUAUCUUAUCCUCCUGAGCCAGUUUUAGGGAAUUUAUUGUGUUCUGGGUUUUGAGUUUAAACUUGUUUGGGGUCAGUUUUAAGCUGAAACCUUUCCUUCAGUACAGUCAAACUUCUCGCUAUGAAUAUGCCUUUAUCACUUAUAUAAUUAUACAGAUUAUCAUUCAUAUAGUUUAUUUCCUGUUGAACUGAAAAAUGAAUGCCUUCUUAGAGUACAGCUGUAUGCUGUCAAACUUCCAUCCUAGGGGGGUACUCUGGAUUUCAAGUGACAGGGAUGAUCAAAUGGAGGCAAAAAUCAAAACCAAAAAAAAUCCCUGGACCAAAAUUUAACCCCCAAAAAAUCCCAUGCUGAAUUUCUGAGCCAUAAAAAUUUCCAGAAAGCAUUAAAUAAUAUAACACGGAAAAUAGAAACAUUAGCAAUGGAGUGUUUGUGUUUGUGUUUGUUUAUUCAUGACACCAUCUGGAGUAAGAACCUUUUUCGCAUCUGGUGGCCAUAAAAUAGUCGCAAAACAAGUUUGGUUUUACUUUAUUCCCGGAACUACGUGGCCAGGAUAUAAGGGAACUAUCACAAAUCUUCAGAUUGUUUUGAAUACCCUAUUAAAUACUUGUCAAAAUUUUCCUGCCCAAAAAAAUCCUGAAAUUAAAAAUUUGGAGUACCCCUCCCCCCCGGGGAUGUCAAUACCAUAAAUAAGGCCCAGUUAGGGUAAAAUUCCAACAAGAGACAUGGCCUAGAAACAGUGACAUAGAUGAAGUGACAAUAAACGACAUAAAGAUAGGUAAGAUACCAACAGGGACAUGGCUUACUCUUGAAAAUGCAAAACAACUGUAUUUAAAAUUCAGACUUGAAACACACGUACCCUGUCUUAGAGGGCCUCAUUGAUAUGGAUCAUCGUUGUCAGUUCUCAGUAACAUAGUUUUUUACCCAGGGGAGGGGCCUGCUCUUCUUACCCCUUCCAUUACACCAAAACUGAGGCCUGCAGGGCUGUGGCACCAAGAAAAUAAUUAUUUUCCAGCGCAUCCCUCUCCAUCCUCCUUGAGGCCCUCUUAGAGGGGUUACAUAUCUCCCUGGUCUGAAUUACAAAACUUGUCGUUUCACAUAUUGAGGAGGAUGCCAUGUUGCUGUCAGUAUUUUACCAUUGUAUUUGCAAUUUCUCUGUCGCUGUUGCAGUUGCAGCCCAUCUUUGUGUUGUUUCUCGCCAUUUCUGCUGUUUCAAGGCUAUGAUUAUACCCUAACAUGGCCUCCUCCUUGCCACAAUGUCUGGAUCCUGUGCUUCUUCUGUUGGUCUCAAAAAUACCAAACAUAGUGUACUUUCUCUACCUGUAUCAUUCUCUCAUCCUGUCACCACCUCUGUAAAGUAGACUUUUCAGUUUGUCCCCUUGGUGUUUGUAUUAAUGAUUGCUAUACAAGGUAACUGUUUGCUAGAUGCAUUCUUUAACCCCUUUACUGCCAGAGUACUUGAUGGAGUUUUGUAAGGCGACUCUAACGAUUGAGUCUGCAGAUGAAAUCGUAUGAUGUGACCAUUCAAAUGAAAGCUCUCUGCCUGUACUUUCACAUGAUGCCAUUUGUUUGUCACAAUUUUAGAAAAUGAAAUGUGGAAAUUUGGUCGAAAUUUGCCUUUGACCACAUUUGGCAGUGAAAGGGUUAAAUCCUGGAUAAUAGAUGUUUGUUGUAAAUGAACCUGCUUGGUGUUUGCAUUUUUCAGAUUAAAAAAAUCCAUUCUAGAUUUUAAAAAAUAUUAAUGUAAAACCUGCAAUGCUUGUGAUUUGAUAUUAACAAUCUGAGUGGAUCAGUCCAAUCUGGUCUGUAAUCAUAUGAGUGAUUAACAAAAUAGCCCCUGUUUGAUAUAUUAAAAUUCUAACAUGACUGCAAGACUUAAGGGUCAAAAUUGCAAAUUUUUUUAUGACUCCAUUGUCUCGCGAUUCCCAGAAGAGACGCAAGCACAAAGAAAAUCAAACGAAAUUUAGAAAUAUGACCUGAAAGCCUCGGAUACAGGUUAGAAUUUUAGUAUAAUAGAACGUAGGCUAUUAGACAACAAUGUAGUGGGAGUCCAAUUUGUUUAAUCAUGAGUAUGAUUACACACCAAAUUGGGCAACAUGAAUAAUUCAUGUUGCCCAAUUUGGUGUGUAAUCAUACUCAUGAUUAAACAAAUUCUUUUUACCAAUGAAGCAUUACUUUGAAUAAAUUUGCGAUAAUUAAAGAACAAGAUCAUCUGAUCAUUUUUUGCCAGAAGUAAAACAAAAAAGCAGACUAUUCAAGUGAAUGCUGAUGCCACAUACUGUCCAAUUACACUGUCCUGUUAAUGCUGAAAUCAGGUUGCUGAGAGCCAAUCAGAUUAGAGAAUUUUGUUAUAGUUAUGGUUAUUGGGAUUAAAGAUUAAUUUACUUUUUUUAUUUUUAUUUUUGUAAAUCUUAUUUCAGUUGUAAAGCUUUUUAAUGCUGUCAGUAAACAUCAGAAGGAAGUGGAAAGUAAAUUGAGUUCAGCUCCUACAGAGGCUAAAAAAUCCAAAGGUGAGGGUCCUGAAUAAUGAGUGGCCAGGGGACAUAGAGGCCUGCUUUUAAAUAGAAGGCAUUUUUUUCUUUCAUUUGACAUAUGAAAUGGUAUGCAUGUGAUCCUCAUUUCUCUCAAAACUGCAUUGUCUAAAGCUCUGUUAUUUAUUUUUUCGGUGUGAACUUAGAGUGUCAUGCAAACAUCUCGGCAGAUUUAAAACAGAGGAAAGAUUAACUAAUAAUUCAACAUACCAGUGAGUACUGUCUUUAUGCCCCCCAGGACUUCAAUCAUAUUUUCUCAGGAAAUCAAUGUGUUUAGAUUAGUUUUAUCUCAUAAAAGAAUUAGGAUGAGAUCCUUCGAGAAUCUUUGUGCAGGAAGUUCAUUUUGUCACCUUGCAUAUCUUUUGACAAGUUCACAUUCAAUGGACAAAGUAGUCACACCCCUGUCUAGGCUUUGAUGUAGAAUGUAUAGAUAGCCUUUUGACUCCAGGCCCCGGUUGUUCAAACAUUGGAUAGAUCGCGGGAUAAAUCGCUGUAGUAGGGAAAUCAACUGCAUUAUACGGUUGUUAGUGAUUUAUCCACUGGAUAGUGAUAUUUACAGUCUGUACCUUUCAAACAGCCAGGCCUAGAGCACAUUAUCGCGAGGUUUUUUGUUGCACUAACUUUUUAAUCUGUGGAUGAAAUUCUUUAGUGUUACCAUUCAAAUGAAACCUCUUUGGAAUAACUUUUGCACAGUAUUAUAUAAUAAUAUUGUAAUCCUCUUAGGAUUUUUUCAAAACAAAAUUUGAAUUUUUUUUUUUCUUUUUCCUUGGCCAGGGUUUAGACACACCUUCAUUUAGUGUUUUCUACAAAUUUUAGGAUCGUACAAUGUAUUUUUACUCUAUACAAACACUGUAAUUUUACUGGAACCGUACUGUGGUACUAUCACAUAGCCUGGGUUACCUGUGGACACACAUGUAUGAGACUGUGCAGAACUACAGAAUGAAAUGAACUGAAAUGAAAAUGUUUGGGAUGAUAAUUCAUUUUACCUUAUAUAUGUUGCAGUUCAGUUUUAUCCAUAGGUAAAUUUUAUCUUUCUGUGUUUCAAACUUAUUAUUAUACAUUGCCAUACCCAAAACAAAGGGAAAUUGAACCACAACGUAAUUAACUUAGACAUAAGCUUAUGGACUUCCUUCCCAAAUCAUAGACCUUGGUCUUACAAAUUCCUUCCUGGGUUUUAGUGGUCUUAAUUAAUCUUUUUUAAGUCUCAUUGAUAAUGUAAUUUUUAUCUUCCUUUCUCAAAGUUGUAGAAUCGAUGUCCAAAUCAGCUUUUCUUGACAUGCUAAAAAGUAGCUCAGACAAAGCAAGGACUCAGGAAAUUAACAAGGAACAAGUUAAGGUAAUUACUGUUAUGAUACACGAGUGGGUAACUCCUCUUUAAGUCUCCCAAAACUUUCUUAAACUUCCUUUUCAAUAUAAUUUUCUGUGUGUAUUAAUGAUAUAAAGGUUACCGGAAAUUGUGCAGAAUCUUGUAGACAAAUGUUUAUCGGCAACAAAUAUAUAUAUAAUUAUUUUAAAGCUCUAUUGUUGUUAUUGUUGCUGUUGUUUUCUUUUAAUUCCGAAGAACCUAGUUGGGCUAAAUGACGUUUUUCUCGUUCUGAAGACAAAAUGCACUACAUUUUGUUACUGGAAAAAUGGACUAAUGAAAAUUUUCGAGCGGGAAUGUGUGGAGUUGUGAGCAGCUCGUUUUUUCUCUUCACCCCCGAACGUACACGUUCAGAAAAAAACAUACAAUUCGCACAAGAUUUUACGAAUUUGUUUACUUAGUUUAAAUAGCAUUCCAGUUUUUAAGGCUAAUCGUAGACGUGUUUACCGUAUUUCUUCAAAUAAUAGCCGUCCCUCGAUUAAUCGCCUCCCCCGGAUAAUCGCCCCCCUUUGAAGGAAAUAUAUAAAAUAAUCGCCUCCCUCGAAUAAUCGUCUCCCCCACCCCCCUGCGCCCGUCUCGCCAUCUCCUCUUCAUUUUAUCCCCUCCCUGUCAAGUUGAAGUGCAAUGUGAUCCAGCAAAACUGAUCAGUGACGAUUCAAGCUCUGAAAAUUAAUAAAGGAACUAAAUUUGGAACACUUUUAAAAAAAGCCCAUGUUGAGUUUAUUUGACGUGAUUUUUUUUUUUACGUAAUGGGAAACUGAAAACAAAAUAUUUAGGUCACGACUUACUUCCUGUGAGCAGUAGUUGAAAUAAUCGCGGCCUUCCCUCGAAUAAUCGCCCCCUUUUUGUGCGAAAAAAGAAAUAAUCGCCCCUGGCUAUUAUUCGAGCAAAUACGGUGAUUAAGGAAUGGACAAUCUCACCGUCUAUCUGCUUGUGGAAGCGAAUAGAGAAACUCUGGGUUUUCGCCAAUAAAUACUUGUUAAAAACAAACAAACAUCCGCAGCAAGUGCUCUUACACUAAGAUGCAAUAAAAAUUGCUAAAUUAAUCAGAGUGCUUACGCUCGAUUUUUAUUGGCUUUGAUAGUAGACUCGCUUAUUCGCCUCCCGUCACUUUUUUGCCUCCCUGCUUGCAGAGUCUACUUUCUGGUAUACAGUAAUGUAGUGAAAGGGAGACUCUGUUAUAGAAAACGGAAAGAUAGACCUUAUUAGCAAGGAAACUUCUUUCAAAAGAAAUCGAUUUAGGGCCUUCUUGUUGCAAUUAUCACAGUCAAGGGCGUAGCGUGAGAGUUUUAAGGCGUACGCACGGAAAGAAAAGUUACAGUGCAAAAGGUGAUACAAACUAUAGGGGGGUUGGGGGGGCAUGCUUCCCAGGAAAAUUUUUAAAUUUAGGGUUUCGGAAAUGCCCUUUUCUCGGUUUCCGCAGAGCGUUUUCAGUAAAUGAAUACGAAGGAAAAUGCAGCAGUUAGUUGUUUAUUUUAACCAUCUCUAGCGUUACGAAAUAGUAAAAGGAUAAAGGAAAUACCAAAACAAAGACUCUGAUAUAAUGCGAAAAAAUCUUCAGCUAUCUUGAUUUGAUGAUAACAAAUGUUUGCAAGAAAAUGAAAGAAGUAUCUUUUCCAGCUUUCAGCUGUACGCACGGGCGUAUGGACGCUACGCUCCUGACAGUUCGUUAAAUUGUCGCCAUAUAGCCCUUAACAAAGUCUUACAUACAUGUAGGGGGUAGGCUCCGCUCUGGGGUCCAACCCAGUGGCAUAUCCCGACCUUCAGAUAAGGAGGUUGGGGGGGGGGUCAUCCAGACAACGAAAAUAAGGGGAAGGGGGCAGUCUCAAAAAAGAUUUUUUUUGGCCCUUCGGGCCUCAGCUUGGUCUAAAAAUAAGUGGGGAACCCCCCUCCCCAGGCCCCUACACUGGAUCCACAACUGCAACCCCUUACACUCUUAUUCAACACUUUUGUAUGCCUUCCACUGACAAACAGUACCCCUUUCACAUACCUACACAAGAACACUGUAUCCCCUUUACCUGCUGUAACUGGCCCGUCUUUUAGGAUGAAUAGAUCGUUACAACACCGGAAAUCUUCCUGACAUUUCCACAGCCAUAAGAUACGUCUUAAAUAUCGAAAUGAAAUAUCUUCCUGAUCCCGGGCUGAAUAGCGUUUUUACUGUCGUUUCGUUUUCUUAUUUCAGGCAAAUGAGAGUGCUGAAAAAGAAAAACCUGACUUGUCAUCUACUUGGAAUAUUUUACGAGACGACUUUAUGAUGGGUGCGAAGAUGAAAGAUUGGAACAGAGAGGAGCAACAAACGAAAAGCAAAGAUAAAAAGCUCACGAACAUAACUGAUCAUGAACUCGAAAUGAAUAACGCGGAUUUUUAUGAAGAUUCUGAUGAUGGUGACAAUGAAGAUUCGGAAUCGAAUUCAGAAUAG